UUUGUUAUAUUUCGUUCUUCUUGGUUACAAAGCAUUCUGAAAUAAAGCUCUUUUGACUUUUUUGUUAAACUUCUCAUGGAAGUUAUUGGGGUCUUUGUGGUGAUUACUCAGUGAGAAAUUCUGGGUUUUGCUUGCUUCAUUGAGCUAAAACUUGAAGAAUCUUUGAAUUUUACUAAUCGUCUGCAAGUAUGGAGCUUUCUUUUGUGAGUAUUGUUCUUCUAGUAGGGUUCCUCAUUGUUUCCUGUGACGCAUUGGCCUCUAAAGAAGUGGAAGCUCUUAGGAGACUCAAGGAGGCUAUGUAUAAAGACCCUUUGCUAGUUAUGUCUAACUGGGAUGACCCGUCUUCCGAUCCUUGUGAUUGGAAUGGCGUUAAAUGUUUUCCAUCUAAGGAUCAUAUUAUCAAACUAAAUAUAUCGGAAACACUGUUGAGAGGGUUUCUUGUGCCAGAACUUGGUCAUAUAACCUACUUGCAAGAACUGAUCCUGCAUGGGAACAUUCUAAUGGGGACAAUACCAAAAGAGAUAGGAAAGUUGAAGAAACUCAAGAUCUUAGACUUGGGAAACAAUCAUCUAACAGGACCCAUUCCAGCAGAGAUUGGGAGUUUGUCUAACAUUAUGAUAAUAAACCUUCAGUCCAAUGGUUUAACUGGAGUGUUACCUCCAGAGAUUGGAAACUUGAAGUACCUUGGAGAACUUCUUAUUGAAAGGAACAGGCUUCAUGGAAGUAUUCCUGGGGUUGCUACAACAUCGAAAAAGUACGAUUCAAAUCUAAGUGCAAACAACAUUUCUGGUUUGUGCAAGUCUCCUCAUUUGAAAGUGGCAGAUUUCUCCUACAACUUUUUCCAUGGAAAGAUCCCGACUUGUUUGAAUUACCUUCCAAGAGAGAGGUUUCAAGGAAACUGCAUGAAAACAAAGGACGUUAAGCAGAGGACUUCUUCAGAAUGUGCUGCGUUUGUGGCGAAGACUAAGAAGAAGAGACGACUAUCGAGACCUAUGUGGCUUCUGGAUUUUGAGAUAGUCACUGGAUCAUCGGUUGGUUUGCUCUUUCUAGUUGUGACCCUCUCUGCAUUACGCUUCUGCAACUUAAAGCGCACUCUCAUCGUGCCUUGGAAGAAAUCUGCAAGUGAAAAGGAGCACUUCACCGUCUACGUUGAUUCUGAAAUGCUGAAGGAUGUUUCAAGAUUCACAAGACAAGAGCUCGAAGUAGCGUGUGAAGACUUCAGCAAUAUCAUCGACUCUUGUGCAAAUAGUCAGGUUUACAAAGGAACAAUGGAAGGCGGGACUGAGAUUGCAGUGAUCUCUCUCUUCUUUAAAGAAGAAGAUUGGACUGGAUAUUUUGAGCUUUAUUUCCAGAGAGAGGUUGCGGGUUUGGCUAGACUAGACCAUGAAAAUGUGGGGAAACUACUUGGAUACUGCAAAGGGAACAAACCGUUUACAAGAAUGCUUGUUUUUGAGUAUGCAUCAAACGGGACACUAUAUGAGCACCUCCACUAUGGGGAAGGUAGUUUAGUCUCGUGGGCAAAACGCAUGAAGAUUGUGAUAGGCAUCGCACGUGGUCUCAAGUACCUUCAUACGGAACUUGAUCCUCCAUUUACAGUCUCUGAGCUUAGCUCAAAUGCAGUGUAUCUCACUGAAGAUUUUACUCCAAAGCUGGUUGAUUCUGAAUGCUGGAAGACGGUUCUGGUGAGGUCAGAGAAGAACUUGAGGGAUAUAAGUAGUGAGGGAGCUAUAUGUGUUCUUCCCAACGCAAUGGAGCAUCGAGAUCAGAAUUUGAAAGGGAAUAUCUACUCAUUUGGCAUACUUUUGCUGGAAAUUGUGAGUGGAAGGCCUUCUUAUUGCCAAGAAAGAGGCUGCUUGGUUAAAUGGGCAAAGGAGUAUCUUGGUGCACCAGAAGUGUUGGUGGAUCCUGAGCUAGAGCAUUUCAACCAAAAGGAACUGGAGGCGGUAUGUGAAGUGGCGAGCCAAUGCUUGAACUUGGACCAGAAUGAUGAAGAGACUUGUUGUUUGGUUAAAGAGCUUUGUGAUACGCUAGAGAGUAGAAUCAGUGUGUCCAUUUCAGCAGGGCUCAGGUCGUCUUCUUUGGCUUGGGCCGAACUCGCUCUAGCUUCGCCUUCUAAUGAAGACAGAGAUGAAAGGAAUAAAUACCCCCUCUAAUAAGCACUCCAACUUUUAAAUAAAUUAGUCUUUUUUCUUUGUUUUGACGUUAAUUUGUUCGAUCAAUGUAUUAAUUUUGUCUUUUGUCCUUCGGUGGUGCUAACGUACAUCUGAUCUCUGAUCUGUAAACUUUGAAAAAAAAUGUUAAUCUAUUUAAAAAAUGUUUGAGGUA